CUGGAGUAUACUAUACUCCAGGUACUCAUAGUGAGAUAUCUCUAUCUAAACCAUGAAUUAAAUCGAGUUUGGGAUAUGAUACUAUACCCUAACCUGUAAUAGAUAAACCUCAGGCCCCAAUUCUCUAACUCAAACUCGAAGUUCAAUUUAAUACAAAAUAUUAAUUGACCGUUGAGAUUGGUCGGAGCUCAGAAAAAGAGAUCUAACGGUCAUAUCACAUGGAGUAUGGUAUACUCCUGGACUCCUCCAGUACACUAGUCAUUACCAUAUAUAUAUAUAUAUAUGGUGGCGUCUUCGGUGCACUCACUUUUUUUUGUGCAUUUAGUGCACUCGCUUCAUAACCGUCAUUUUAAACAUGCGAUUUAUGUCAAAAUAAUGUCAAUCAUCACUUAUGAUGUGAUGAACAAUAACGCACAUGAAUUUGCACAAAAACCAUUAUAAAUUUACUUUAAUUUGAAGGAUUUAGAGUUUAAAGAUUUAGGGUUAGGGUUUACAGUUUGGGGUUUAGGGUUUAGGGAUAGAACUCAAAAUUGGAGGUCUAGGGCUUAGGGUAAUCCGCUAAUUAGUUGUUAUCAUAUGUUAUAUCAUCAUAUUACACUAAUUCUACAAAUUAAAAUUCAAAAUCCGACACCUUAAGACUAGUUUUUGAGUUGGGUGCAUUGAACGCACUCAUUUUUGUGAGUCCACCGAAGUACUUACACGACUAAUCAGUCCAUUUCCUUAACCCUAAACCUUCAAUUUUGAACAUAAACUCAAACUCCCAAAUUAUAAACCCUAACCCUAAAUCUCUAAACCCUUAAUCCUUCAAAUUGAAGAAAAUGUUGAAUGCGUUUUUUUUUUUUUUUUGCAAAUUCAUGUGUUUAUUAUCUCUUUAAAAGAACAAACUACAUGUGUACUGUUUGGUAGAGUCACUUCCUAAUUAAUAGCCUUAACAGUGUUUACUAGGUUCUUGUUUUUAAUUAUGACCUCUUCUUUCUCUGUUCUCUCUUUCGUCUCUGUUUUUUACCUGGGUUCCUUCGCUAGCGACGACUCUUCUCUCUUCAGCUUAUCGGUUUUCGUGCAGUCUCGCCUCUGCCCUGGAGAUGACGGGUCUGACGCUUCUUACCCUUUUUUUGUUCACAACUUUUGCUUUGCUGUCUUCUUAUCUUCCAUUCUUCUUCUAACAUUUUUCUGCUCUUGCUCUUCAAUGGUGGCCCAUAAACUUCUGUUGGAUCUAAACGACUCGGAUGGUCUUCAUACUCUUUUGAAACUGCGCCUGCUUAAUGCGUGGGGCUCCUAUGGCUUGAAGAACCCCAACUUAAUCUUCAAUUACUGCACUCUUGGGAGUGAUGAGGAGGUAAGCGCCGCCUGUGAUGGUUUUUAGUACAAAAUCCUCCUGCUUAUUCACCUGUUGAGGUCCCUGAUGUUUCUUGCUUUUCUGUACAGGGUACUUUGAUUUAGGGCAUGGCUCCUUCGGACCUCACGCAACAUUUUGCUCCAAUUUUGCAGUUGGGAAGUGUCUACUUGUUUCAGGAUGUCACCAGUUCGUCGCCUGAUUUUUGGGUGGAUGCGUUUGAAUUUUCCCCUUUUAGCUCGCUUCAGUCCCACAUACGCGCAUCAGUUUAUUUAACAGAUGUCGUUGGCGUUAGCAUCACAUGUGUUUCAAGCACCGUCACUUCUUUUGGAAGUACUGUGCGGAGUGAUUUGGUUCUCCAGAAUGAAAACUUAUGGGGCGGGAUAGCUAGAACUCUCAAUGGUCAGGACCUGGUUGUUCUUGGUCACUCUGACCCUAUCCUGCUUGUUGUUUGCUCGCUUUGGGUCACUAGCGCUACUAGAGGAGGUUAUUCUCUUACCAGUACUCCAGACACCCGCUAUGUUCUCAACCCCGUAUCUGAGAUGUCUCACUUGGUUCAAUCUGUGUUCUUUUCCAGCACUAAUACAGUUCAUUACUACCCUCCGAGGUUUGCAACUCCUCAUGAAGAAGCAGCUUUCGAAGCUGAGUGCACAAAAACUGUAUCGCAAUUGCUUGCCUUGUGUUUUCCGCCUGUUGCCGAUGGGUAUUACCUGGGUUAUGCGUUGUGUUCCAAAGCAGCCAUAGACUAUGAUGGUGUUGACAAGUGGUGUGAUGACCACCAUUUUUUAGUACCUCAGCAAGCACAGAACUUUUACAAGCUUCGAGCGACUGUUGAUGACACCACUGGCUCAGCAGUAUUUGUGCUGCUUGGGAGGGCCGCUGACCUCCUUGUGGGGUUGACUGCUCACGAUCUCUCUGCUAGGUUCCCUCACCAACGUAACAGUUUGCCACAAUAAUUUCUAGCUCUCGAAGGGCGAGACUUUUCUUUUGAUGUGCAACUUCCAAAGCCUGAAUAUGGGUCUCGUUGACCACGAGAGUUCACAGUGCUUUCUGCCACGGAGCAAGAACAACCCAAUUCCCAUUCUCCAACUCCCAUUCGCCGACUAAGAAUGCAACGCCCAUACACCACCUCCUAGCAGGUUAGUUCGCCCGUUCUGCUUUUUUUACACUGAUCGCUUAGCUUGUCUUUAGUAACAUCGUGUGCUUCUUCAUCGCAGUUCUCCCAUGCUCCCUGUUAGUUCCAUGCAGUCUGUCCUAUCAAUGCGCGCUUCUGCAAUGGACCCAGUGUCUUCUGCUGAUUCGCCGAGGUUAUGCUUCAAUUUCCUCAAAUUUUACUUUCCAUAUUUCUUUUCCUCAACCUGAUUUCUAAUUUCCUCUUCACUUUGCAGUGGUAGUUCUCAAACUGCCUUCUCUACUCCUCCACGGCAUCCCUACAUAAGGUUUAUUAACACGUUUUACUAUGCUUAAUGUCUGGCGUGCACACACUGUUUAAGUACUGUCGCGAUCUCCCCUGCAUAUUUAUACUUUAUGUUUUAAUGGGUUCUCCUCGCACCAUUUUGAAGCAGGCGCAUUCCUACUGGUUCUUCAUCAACAUCUGUUGCAUUGGGAAGGUUGGUUGCUUAUUAUUGGACUUACUGGCCUGCUUAUAUUUUUUGCAUUAUGAUGUGUCUGUAUUAAAUAUAUUAUUACUUUCCAGCAUGAACUCUGAGGUCCCUUCCCCACAACUUGCUCGGGUUGGUCCUGUUUCCUAUGCACGGUAACCUUUCUUCCAUUUGGGUUUCUUACUACUCGCCGUUAGAUUUAACGUAUUCUCCUUAUAUCCAUUGCCUCUUACAUGACCACUUUUUCUAUUGUUUCUUAGACCUAGAACUGAGGCAGUGCUUCGCCAAACUGGACCGCCUCCAGAGCCGCAGUAAAAGCCAUUUCUCCUUUUCCUCCUGUCUCGCUGGAUCUAAGACCAUUUCUGUGCUGACACUACCUCUAUCAGGGAACUUGAAACAGCCAAUGCAGAAGUUUCCACGCAAAACAAAACCGGUCGCUCAAAAAAAACAACCUCGAAGAAAACGCCACUUAAGACAAUGUUUGUCUGCUCUUUGGUUAUUUGCUUUGUAAUGUUCAUUGCUUGGUCAGUUUAUAAUUUACAUUCCUUUUCCCAAGAAUUCUGAACCAAGCCAGCCCAAGGUUUCCACUCUGCAAGAAACUCUUCUUUCGGACAAAAAAACGCAGAAAGACACCAAACACCAUUGAAGCUGAGGUUGGUGUUGUGCUUGCAUUGUUGCUUCUGUGCUGUUUGCAUGACAUAAAGUUGCCAAUAGAUGUAGUUAUGCAUCUUCCUUAGAGUCUCUCUCUCUUCCAUAUUUUGAUUUGCUCUGCGAACAAUCAAUCUCAACUUUGAGUACCCGCACUGAUUAUCCAGGAAUGUGUAACCUUUCUUUUUAACGAAAAUUGUCGAAUCUGUAUAUUUUAUUAUCCAGGCUGUUUAGUUCGUAGGUCAGGCCUUCUAGCACUACCUUCUUUCCUUCUUUUCAUCCAGUGGUCCUUGCCUGAUGUUGGUGUCACUUCUGAUUUACUCAAUUUUAGGUUCUUCUGUUGUACUUAAUUCGUUUUUGAGCUGGUCCUUCCCUCAUAUUUAUAGUUCUUGCAUAUUGUUUUGCCCUCUUCCCUGGACUGCUUUUGCAUUGUCUAAUUGUCUCUUUCCUCUGCCCAUUUUUCCUAUUAUUACUGUAUUUGCUUAGUCCUCUUCUAAUAAAAUCUUAUCCACCUGGUUUGCCCAAUAAUCAUUCUUUACUUAUUGCGUUUUUUGUCCUAGUUUGUUGUUUGUUGUCACCAUGAUCCCACUUUCGUUUCACAAAUUUGUUGGAAAUUGUACACAAUUUUGUGCAUGGUAUUCUUCUAUUUAUGGACAGUCUGUUCAUGAACCUGUUCUGUGUGUUUUCAUUUUGUAGCAAAAAAGUGCUUGCGAACCCUACACAUGUACGCCGUCGGCGCUUGGUUGUUUAUUUUGAUGAAGAUGAACUUGUUGUUCCACUAGAGCUGCAAGAUUAUGAUGUUGAACUUCCCCUAGAAGAAUAGUCCAUUGCCACCUUUCCACUUACCACUGCUUCUCACAUUGACUUUGUCAUCCCUAACACUGUUGUUGCUGUCCAAGAAGUUUCGGUGCUUCCAGCCGGGGAAACCGACUCUGGGAGGUCACAGGGAACCAGAACACCGUCUAAAAAGGCCAUUGAAGCAUCUAUGGAGACUUGUAAGGGGAAGAAAAAAACUCCCAGGUCCUCUGCUAAAGAACCUACUAAGAAACGCUUGUUUGCCGUUUAGCCUUGCCUUCUAGAAACGAGUGCUGGUCUCUGAUGUUCCUGCGAUGGCCUCCAUUUACUUCCUUUUGCAACUGCUUUUGGGGGAUGCGCUAUUUGGCGAGUGAUGCAUUAGGUCUCCUUUGCCUUCUGUGUGUUUAUGCCAACUUUGCCUAUGACAUGCUAAAACACAACACCUAACAAUGGCCAAGUGUAACCAAUGAAAGGGACUGCAGUAU